ACGCUACCCGUGAAAUAACCAAUAAGGUUAGGGUUAGUGGAAAUUUUGCCCAAUCAAAUCUCGCCGGCGGGAGUGCGGACGCUCCGUUUGCCCACGUGCUUCAUGUACCGGGCAAUAACCUUCACGAGAAGCUAGUGAAAACCAUAGCUGUCCAAUAUGCAGGCGGCAAUGGACAUCACGACUAAAUACUGCCAGAAGGAGCUGGAGGAAUAUGGCUUGUGUGUUGCCUCCAAUCCAACGUCAUGGCAACAGAAGUGUCAAGACCUGAAGCUGAAGGUUGCACAGUGUACUUCAUCACAUCCAGUAAUAAGAAAAAUACGAACAGAUUGUGCUAAUGAGUUUUCAGCAUUUGAACGCUGUUUGCGAGAGAACCAGAGCUCGGCUGAAACAUGCCAACCUCAUGUCACCCGCUUCUUGGCCUGCGCAGAGACUGUGGACCUUUCAGGAGUUGCAAACAUUGCGCCUCAGCCCACGUAGAUGCCAGCCUUUUGUCACUGUUUCAUCUAAUGAAGACAAAACACAGUUCUAAAGCUUCAUCUGUCCUUCUGAAGAUGUUUUCUAUUGCAACAUUUUACCAAAGAGCAGGACUUUUUUUCACUGUUGAAUCUGUAUCCUACACUGUAAAAAUGAAAUCAAGUGCAACAUAAGUUUUUAUGUUACUUUAACUUAACAAGUUAAGUUAAACAAUUUCAACUUACGUCAACUCAUCACUUGUCAAAACUUAAAAUAGUAGGUUGAAAUAUUUUACAGUGUACACCAGUAUGUCACUAAGAAAGCAUUUCUUAGAGAAUUUCUCUUUGAGAUACCAAUAAAAACAUAUUUCCGUAAUAUACCAUAUAAUAUUUCCUCAAUUAAACCAGGGAAAAGUACAUCUGGAAAAGUGAAAGCUACUUAAAGGGGACAUAUCAUGAAAAUCUGACUCCAUGUUUAAGUGCUAUACUUGUGUCCCCAGUGCUUGUAUCAAACUAAGAAAUGCGAAAAAGAUCAACCCAGUAACUUAGUUUUGGUAAACCAUUCUCCACAAGCAUGUGAAAAAUAUGUAAUUAAAAUUUGGCUCACUGUGUGAUGUCAGAAGGGGAUAAUAAUAAUCUAAUUUGCAUUUUAAAGGACACACCCAAAAAUGGCACAUUUUUGCUCAAACAUACAAAGUGGCAAUUUUACCAUGUUAUAAUACAUUAUCUAUAUGAUAUUUUGAGCUAAAACUUCACAUACGUACUCUGGGGACCCCAAAGAUUUAUUUUACAUAUUUAAAAGUCUUGUGAAAUGUCCCCUUUAAAAAACUUUUAGUUUAUAAACGUACAUUUUCUCACUUUAAGAAAAAAUUGAAGGUGAAAAAACUACUUCAAUUAGUAAAACCUAAAAAAAAUGUAGUUAAUAAACUUAAAUCAUCUCACUUUAAUGGAAAAUUGAAGGUUAAAAAACUCCUUUAAUUAGUACAACCUAAAAAAUAAGUUUAUAAACUUAAAUCUUCUCACUUUAAGGGAAAAUUGAAGGUGAAAACUACUUCAAUUAGUACAACCUAAAAAAAUAAGUUUAUAAACUUAAAUCUUCUACUUUAAGGGAAAAUCGAAGGUGAAAAACUUCAAUUACUAUAACCUAAAUAAUAAAGCUAAUAAACUUAAAUCAUCUC